CCCUGUGAUAGAAGCAGUGUCAGAAGUAGCAGUCCCCCCAAUGGAGGAACCACCAGCAGCACCACUGGCAGAGGAAUCACCAGCAGCAGUUGAAGUGUUGGAAACAGUGGUAGCCCCUUCAGAGAGUGCAGAACCAGAGGUUACACAGAUGCCAGUGGAGGUAGCAAAGGAGGUCCAAGAAGGUCCAGUCAUUGAAGCAAGUCCAGUUGUUGAAGCAGAGGCAAGUCCAGUUGUUGAGGUAACCGAAAUUCCAGCAGUGGAGGCAUCUCCUGAAACGGUGGCAGAGGUGGUUGCUCCACCCGAGGUCACAGCGCCCCCAGCAGAAGUGGAGGUCCCGGUGCAAGUGGCGGAGCCUCCCUCCCCAGUAGCCGUUCCUGCGAAGGAAUAUAUUGUGGUUGUACUGGAAGGUGCACCAAAAACACCUAAAACGCCAAAGGUCCUGGCGAUGACCCCUAUCACUGGAAGCAUCCCUGCCCCACCUGAUGAUGAUGAUGAAACCACCCCUGCACCAGAGGUAAAAGAAGAGGAGACGUCUACUAAGAGUGCAGAUGCUGUAGCUACAGCUGAAAGUACAGAUUAGGAGCCCCAUGCUGGUGAAAAUCAGAGAAGAGAUAGAGUAUGUGCCUUCCUGCCCCGCCCCCUGCCGUCCCACUACCCUUUGGGCCUCAGAGUUCACUAUGAAAAUAAUGCCUGCUUUAUGGACACACGGUCUCUGAUUUUUGUAUGCUAUACUCAUCUCUAGCAAAGAUAAGCUCUCAGUCUGCACAAACCACAGGCUUGGUCUAUCUUUGAUGCCCUGGACCUUCAUUGGAACACUCAUCCAGUGCAUCCCUCACUGACGGCCAUGACACAUUCUGCUGCAAAUAGCGCUUACAACGUAUUUCCUGCACCAAUACGGUUCAUUUUUCUAACUUACAAUAACUGAGAAUCCAGUUUUUUACUUGGCUGUAUUUGCCCAUCUCUAUAUGGGUGAGUCAUAUUAUUCCAGUGGAACAGUAGAUACAGUUCUUUUACUAUGUUGGUCCUCAACGUGUGCAUGUUUCCUGACUCUUGUUCUUGUUAAAUUUGGAGCCAUAUUUCACAGCCGAACAUGGUAUAUUUAUCUCAGAAAACACAGAUACGACUGGUUUUCAUAAACUAAAUAUAUUGUUGGGCAUGAGUUGGGAAAACAUGUUCAUCACUUCACUACCUCAAUUUUUUAUGGUUGAUAAUUCUUCAUGGAAUAUUUCAAUGCAACCGCAGUGCAGUAGCUUUUUACUUUUCUUACUGACAACUGUUAAACACAAGCACAUAAACAAAAAAUUAGGUCAGGUGAUGAUUUAGAGGCUUAUCUUUGUUAAACAAAAUACAAAAGAAACACUUCCAUGGUCCUCAUGUUCAGGAAUUCAUGAGGAUUCUCUCCUAAGCACAGGUAUUUUUAUCCUUGGUCCUACCUCAUUAUAAGUGACAUUUGAAGUAUUUCAUAAGGCAGACAUUACUUUUUUACCUGUCCAAUUUGUCCUACCUAAUGUUGAACUGUGCCGUAUUCCACCAUCUAGCAAUAUUUAUUUUCUUUUUCCACUGUAACCCUGGCAACCAUGACUGGAGAAUCUUAACUGUUCCAUUAGCCACUGUGUACUGACAUUUUAUACUGUCUUCCCAAAUGCGUUACUUCAAGUUCACAUUCCAGUUAAGAUGCAUGUUAUGUAACUGUACAAUAAAGUACUGAUGAUUAUUUUCAGAGAGAAGCCCCAGGGCCCUUUGAUAGCCAUUCAGCGUUGAGAGUCGAAAAUGGGCAACUAAAUAUUCUCUAUGUGGUUUUGUGAAGAGUUGUGGUUGGUUUAUAAAUAAGGUAGAGUGGUUGCUGAAUUUAUGGUGUCAUUUUCUCCUGUUUUGUUCAAAUGUAUGAUUACUUUAAAUGGGGAAUGAGCUUGUUAAUACUGUUGGGUUUUGAAUCAAUCUCAAAAAUUGUAACAUCAGUGGGCUCCCAACACAAGUAAAGGUGAUGUGUUGUUGCAAAAAGGUGGGAAAAACACCUAUUUCAAAAUAUGGGUUAGUUUUUGAACGCAUGAGGAAGUCAUGAGAAAGAACAGUGGAUAUGCUUCAUUAUGACUUCAUGAGAAAUGCAGUAAUUCCUGAAAGAUGAAGUAAGCUUUGCAAGUCUAAUGUAAUAUGUUUUUCCUCUACAACAUGCAUAUUAGAAGAGUGGCCCUUCCUUUUGUAGACUUGUAAGGAAGUGAAAUAAGCACACAGUGGAGUAGAUUGCUUGUACUUUCUGCAUAAUUGUGUUCAGAGCUUCUGUAAACAGAAUUCAGUUUUCCCUAGUCACCCUAAAGUAUUCCGAAGGGAACUGGGGUAGUGCAGUGUUUCACUCUGUAAUAGCAGUUCAAUAUAAAAGGCCAGGUGGCUACAAGCUGUGAAUGUAGACGUGUUGUCUGAAAAAUAAAAAAGGGACUCAAAAGCUGCUGUCA